CAGCUCAUUCAGCACAAGUAGGUACACAGACCCGCCUGUGGUCUAAUCACAGUCACCAUGAACAGGACCAAACUGAAGAAAACCAAGGUGACUCUUGAAGGGCAGAAGGACAUCUCAUCCUUCUUUUCCUCUGAAAACCAAAAGGACAAGUCACUUUCAAAGAAGUUAUCAAUCACAGACUCUGCAUUUGCCGCCACUGGACCACAGAUCAAAGAAGAUGAAACCGUCCCAUUUAGACUCCACUCUCCCAGAAAGAGACAUAUCCUUGGGGACCUUGAGAACCUCCUGCCCUCCUCGCCUGAUCUUGUCCUCUCGGUGCCAGAGACCCCUAACAGUCAGAUCAGGCUUGUCUCCUCCUCUUCCUCCAAAGAGGCAGGCCAUCUUAGUCCCCAUCCCAGCAGAGAGGUGGCAUGCCAACUAUCUCCCAUCUGUGUCACUCCCCGCUCCAAAGGGCAGAGUGUACGGAGAUUAAUGAACGAUGAAGGAGGAAGAACCAAGAGGGAAGAGAGAUGUUCUGGCUCCACCAAAAGACUCUUCAGCCCUCCUCAAGAGUCCCACAAUGCCAAGAGAGCAAGGACCGUGAUCAGCCCCACUGGUAGCAACCUAAAAGUCACAAGAUCUGUGACUGACCAUGGGAAAACAGCUUGUUUCUCCAGUAACCAGUUGGAGGGACACAGCCGAGGUACUGAAGUGGAAGUGGUCUUCAAUUACAAGAGAAGCACGACAAUGCCACUGAAGUCUGUUUCCUGCCACUCUUUGGGGACACACAGAAAACAUCAGGAAGACAGCGAUGAGGGUGAGAAAGGUUCCAGUUUUACUGUGAUAACAGAGCAGAAAGCAGCAGAGGGGAAAACUAGUGUAAAUCCACAUACUCGUCUGGAUAAGGAUACUCGCACACUCACUGCUCAUGUGCACAAACCUGCUGCACAAAUGAUCACACCCGCACCACAGAAAAGUGCACAGGAGGUGGAGGUCGACACAAACGAGAAAGAGGCUAUAAGAACAGCCAGGACAUUACCAAAUGGAGACAGAGAGAAUGUGCCAUCAUCCAAUCAAGAGCAAACUGGAGGAAUGACAUCAGAGAUGUUGGAUGAAAACUGGUUUGCAGAGCAUAUGGAUGAUAAUGAAGGUCUUGUCACUGAUAAAACCAAAAAUCCCCGUAAGGUACCAGACCAUGUGAUCCUUUCUGGAGGCAUGAACAACCGUUACUGGGUUUUGGAUGUGGAAGAGAGGCCUGGUCAAAAAACACUGACCAUCUCAUGCUACAAAUCUCUACAUCCGACCGAGACGUGUCUGAUGAAGGAUGGAUGGGAGAUGACACCUGUUUGUCGUGGUGAUGUGGUGCAUCUGGAGGGACGCACUGAUGGUGGGUCGUGGUUAGUGGACAGGGAGCAGGGUUUCCUGGUUUUACUGCCUGAUAGCUUGAUCUCAGGUACCAGCAUCUCAAGCUCCAUCCGCUGCAUGAGACGUGCAGUACUGGGUGAUAUGUUUAAGAGUUUUGACGGUGGUUCAAAGCAGAUGUUGAAUGGUACCAUGGUCCAUGAAGUCUUUCAGAGAGCAGCUAAAGCUAAAGAUUUUUCUUUGGAGACACUGUCUAAGCUGGCUGACCAGGCCUUGCACAGCCCUCAGUACCUGGGAGACAUGUACAGUUUGGGUGUAAGUCAAGAAGAGAUGAAGCAGGAACUGCAUGAUUAUCUCCCUUCACUGGAACAUUGGGCAAAUGAAUACCUCAGCUCCUCAAGACCAAAAGCCAUCAGUCUCAGAGUCCCUACCAGCAGUAGAGCUCCGAGCAGGGGUCAGGACUCUGAAACUGUCGUCUCGGUCACAGAGCUGGCAGAUAUAGAAGAGAAUGUGUGGUCGCCGAGAUUUGGUCUGAAAGGUAAAAUUGAUGUGACAGCACGUGUUCGAAUCCAAAGACCACGAAACGGCAGUCACAGAGCACUGGAGGAGAAGACUAUGCCCCUGGAGCUGAAAACUGGAAGAGAGUCUAACUCGAUAGAGCAUCGCAGUCAGGUGAUUCUGUACACUCUGAUGAGCAUGGACAGAUACAAUCCUGAAGCUGGCCUCCUGCUUUACCUCAAGACUGGCAACCUGCACCCUGUAGUGGCCAGCCACAUGGAUCGCAGAGAGCUGCUGAAGCUGAGGAACACGCUGGUUCAUCACAUUCACAACUGUGUGGAGAAAAAAGCAGAGAGGAGCCUCUUGUCUAGACUUCCUGACAUUCUGACAAACAGACAAACCUGCCAGUACUGUCCCCAAAGGAGGAACUGUGCUUUAUAUGAGAGAGCUUUGGAUAGCAGCUCUGCAGACGUCAGCGAGGAUGCUGUGCGUGACUUCCUGCAGCAGGAGACAGGUCACCUGACUCCACCACAUCUGAGCUAUUUUUCCCACUGGCUGCUGCUCUGUUGCCUUGAGGCUGCAACCAUGGAGGCCAAGAAUUCCAGAAAGCAUGUGUGGCUUCAGACGGUUGAGGAGAGUGAGAAGAACGGGAGCUGUAAGGGGAAUAUGCAGCUCAGUGGCCCAGUGACCGUCCAGUCUGAAGGAGUUUUCCUCCAUCGCUUCCAGAGCAGUAGUGUGACACGGCAGCAGGGUUUGGCCAACAGUGGUCUGACCAGCGGGGAUCGCAUCGUUGUUAGCGACCAGGAAGGUCGUCUCGUUGGCUUAGCAACAGGCUACCUGUGCGAGGUCAGCAGGACAACGAUCAGCUGCACUCUGGACAGGGAUUUGUCAAAGUUCAGCGGAGUGUUGUUUCGAUUGGACGGUGAUGAAGGUGUGGUGGGCCUCAGUACCCACCUCACCAAUCUCUCCAAACUGAUGGAAAACUGUCAGGACAGUGAUCGUCUGAGGGAGCUGGUUGUUGACCUUCGUCCUCCAGAGUUUAUUUCCAACCUCAGUUCUGUUCUGCCCAGAGAGGCCAAGGACACUGUGGCCAGCAUCCUCAAAGGUCUCAACAAACCCCAGAAGCAGGCCAUGAAGAAGGUGUUGUUGUCUAAAGACUACACACUCAUUGUUGGUAUGCCAGGCACAGGCAAAACCACAACCAUCUGCACCCUGGUUCGUAUCCUACAUGCAUGUGGGUUCAGUGUGUUGCUGACCAGCUACACCCACUCUGCUGUUGACAACAUCCUUCUGAAGCUAAAGCGUUUCCGGGUCGGCUUUCUGCGUCUGGGUCAGGGGCAGAAGGUUCAUCCAGACAUCCUGCCUUACACAGAGGAAAGUGUCAGGAAGAAGGGAGUUCACACUCUCUCAGAGUUGGAGCAGCUUUAUAACAAGGAGCUUAUAGUGGGAACCACCUGUAUGGGCAUCAAGCAUCCCAUUUUCACACGUCGGCGGUUUGACUUCUGCAUUGUAGACGAGGCGUCACAGAUCAGCCAGCCUAUCUGUCUGGGGCCCCUGUUCUACGCAAAGAGAUUCGUCCUGGUUGGAGAUCACCAACAACUGCCGCCAAUAGUUAAAAACCUGGAAGCUAGGUCACUUGGGAUGGAUGAAAGUCUAUUUAAGCGACUAGAACUUCAUAGUGAAGCAGUGAUCCAACUCAAUGUGCAGUACCGGAUGAACAGGCAGAUAAUGUCUCUCAGUAACUCCCUGAUGUAUGAGGGACGGCUGGAGUGUGGAUCAGAAAGGACAGCCUCUGCCCUGCUGCCCCUGCCUUUCCUGCUUUCUGUCCAGUCGGAGCUUAGUUCCUGCUCUCAGAGUCAUCCCAGGCAUGACCCGGCAUGGAUACAGGCCACAUUGUUGCCUAGCAACCCUGUUUGUUUCCUUGAUUGCUCAAUGGUGCCAGCACUGGAGUCAGUGGAGCAGGGAGGCGUAAGCAAUCACACUGAGGCUGCUCUCAUACACAAGUUGCUCUCACUGCUGAUAAAGGCAGGUUGUAAGCCCAGUGAUAUAGGUGUUAUCGCUCCCUACAGACAGCAGUUAAAGAUUAUCUCUGCUCUACUGCAGUCCUCUGCUUUCAUCGGAGUGGAGGUGAACACAGUCGACAAAUACCAAGGACGGGACAAAAGUCUAAUUGUCCUUUCUUUUGUCAGGAGCACUGCAGAGGAAGGACAUUUAGGAGAGCUGUUGAAGGACUGGCGUAGACUGAAUGUGGCCAUUACUAGGGCCAAACACAAGCUGCUGAUGGUGGGCUCUGCCACAACGCUGCGCCGCUAUGCACCAGUGGAGAAACUACUCAACCACCUCCGGCAAGAGAACAUGAUUAUCCAGCUGCCGCCAGCUGCCCACAAGGCCUUACCCAGCAUGCACCUAUGACAGAAGACUGUGAAGACAUGAUGGUGUUUCAGAUCAACUGCCUGUCUCACAGUGGAGCAGACAGCGGCUAUGGGGAACUUCAACAGCAAUUGAGUACCAUUCUGUAAAAGCACCUUAGUGAUCUGUCAGAAGGUUUUGAUCAAACAUAUGAGUUGUAAGUACUUGUGGGAGGUGUACUUUGUCAGCACUUCAAAAUCUAGCUAUUGUGUUGCUGUGCAACAAGCAUUUGUUGGAGUUUAAGUGAAGAUACAAAUGUCUCUAAUCAUCAGGACAACCAAGAUGCUGUCUCUAAUCCGCACCACACUAGUUAAUUUUAAGUGUUAUAAUAGAAUGAUUUUAUAUAACAGCCUUUUAUUAGAGCUUAGAAAUGGAGGUGGCCUUGUGGUAUAAAAUCUGUUAGCGCAGGCUGUUAUGUACUUAAACUGUUUUUCAUAAUUUAAAAUGCUGUAUUAAUAUCACAUGCAUCAUUCAACACAAUAUACUGACACAUUUUUGCGGACUGUGAAAUGGCUUAAGGAUGUAGCUGCUAUUGUUUUUCAUUUAUUUUAAAUGGGACACACUCUGUAUUCCAUUCUGUCACUGUCCCUGCUGCUAAACGCAGAGGAACAAGGUACUGACCAUCUAAACCAGAUGCACACAAAACUCAAUCUGCAGCUGAAACAUGUUGAACUGUGAUAUAUUAUGGUGCAAAGCAUCAAACUGGCACUAGUAACUGUUUAUAAAGUCAGAUAUUUUUGAUCAAAUACCUCAAUCAAUACUCUGCAUUUUAGGCAUGACUUUUGGUACUUCCACUUGGUGUUUCCACACACAGCACAGAAAAUCAUCACUAAUGUGAAUAAGUAAUUUAAGGUAGUUAUCUAUGGUUAUUUUCACUUAGCUACAACAGUCAGACAAACUUAUGCAUGUCUGUAAGUCAACCAGACUUUAGUCUUAAGGAAUGUAGAACCUUAGACUAAAAGGGUUAGCUAUACCACUACAUUACAAUAGCCAGAAUUACUUGAAAUCUUAAGUCACUAAAUCAAUAGUUUUCCAAACACAUGGUGUAUAAAGCAGUGGCAGCAGUGGAUCGACUGUAGAUCACUGGACUUCACACAUACUUGAACUAUGUUAUAAUCUGUAAAAGAGAUGAACUAAAACCAAGCGUUUGAGUCAUUUACCUCAAUUUCUUUAUGUAACGCAGAACUGAAGCGCUACAGAGACUGAGGAUACUACACAGUAAUAUCAGUUAAAACCACAACUUAGAAAAAAAUUAUCUAUCUGCUCAAAGCAUUUUGCAAAUAUAAUCUAGUGCUAAUGCACUGUGAUGAUUUAACUUACUCCUUUAUGUAA